GAUCAGCUGCCGAUGGUCGUGUAUUACGAGAUGCUAUAGUGCGAACGAAUGGUUUGAAAAUCCCUGAGGGAAAUUAUUAUUUGUGCGAUAGAGGAUAUACAAAUGGAAACGGUUUUCUUUCACCUUACAGAGUGUAUAGAUAUUGGUUAAGGGAUUGGCAAGGUGACAAUCCGCCACCUCGAUGUCGAGAAGAGAUUUUCAAUAUGAAGCAUGCUAGGGCUCGUAAUGUUAUCGAAAGAGCAUUUGGUCUCUUGAAAGGGCAUUGGGGAAUUCUUAGAAGCUCUUCGUGGUACUCAAUUAAGGUUCAUAACAGGAUCAUUAGUGCUUGUUGUUUGUUGCACAACUUUAUUCGUAGAGAGAUGGAAGUGGAUCCCUUAGAUAUUGAUAUGGAAGAACAAAUGGAGUAUCAACAUGACAACAUUAAUGUUGUUGAAUCAUCUCAGGAGUGGACCACAUGGAGGGAUGAGUUGGCUCAAUCAAUGUGGAAUGCAAGUCUAAACAAUUGA